AUGUUCACUUCUAAAUCUGAUCCAACCCAAAAAACAAUCCUCCAAAUCAAACAAGAUGACAAGUUUUUCUGCAGACUUCUUACAAAAGAAAGUUCCAUUUCCAAUCCAUCUUUUAGAAUAGCUCUAACUGUCCCUUUUGUUUGGGAAUCUCAACCUGGCACACCUAAACACACUCUCUCUCAACAAUCUCUUCCUCCUCUCACUCCUCCACCUUCUUAUUAUUCAUGCAAAUCAUUACCUGUUAAGAGAAACUUGAGAUCUAACCUUUUUCUUGCACUUUUCCCAAAACUAAAUCUUAAGAAAACCAUCAUGUCUUCUUCUUCAUCAUCAACAUCAUCAUCAUUAUCAUCAUUUUCACCUUCUAAUUCAUCUUCUUCUUCUUCAUGCUCUUCUUCAUCUAACUCAUCUAAACUUGUUCCUAUAAGGAAGGUUAUUAGAACAAAGAAACGUUUCUUAAGCUGUGGUUCAUCUUUUGAUUUUAAAGGAGAAGAAGAACAUGUUGAUUCACCUACUUCAAUACUAUGUUUUGGUCUUCCUCGUUCAACUAGCACUAAGGUUAAUACUGGAUUCCUAGGAUUCUCCAAAAGGUAA